AUGCCCAACGCCACCGCCCAGCCCACUUCACAAGAAUCCCUCCUCAAGCUUUUCGACCCCAGCAUGAACACUACUUUGAUUGGAAUACCCAGCAUUCCUGACAUCCGUAGCCUGCUAGAACGCAUGCUUACAGACAACCGCAAGAUGACCCAAAUAGUCGCCCGUGAACUUCGACACUUUAGGAAUGCCCAGCAGAAAACCUCUCUUGACACUGACAGCGCCGACCUUUCAACGUGGUCAUCAUCGCUGAACCGCUCCUUGACAGAAGUAAAGCCCAAGUUGGCCAUUGUAGAAAAUCUACAAAACGAAGCCAAGCAAACCUAA